AAUAAAUAAUGUUUAUGCUAACAAAGCAACAUACGGGUAUCAGUGAAGAUCAAUCGAGUAUCGAUGCGGCAGAGGCAGAACAAGCACUUCAAAAAAGGAGGAGGAAAGUUGAGGAAGAUAAUGUGGUAGGCUUCAUCCAUGACACAACAACAUUGGUAAGCCAACUUACUGAUAAGAAAAAGAAAUUAGAACUUGAUGUCAUUUCAAUUGUUGGCAUGGGUGGCUUAGGCAAAACUACUCUUGCCAAAAAAAUCUAUAACAACACUCAUGUCAAAAAUCAUUUUGAUUGUUGUGCAUGGGUAUAUGUAUCUCAAGAGUACAAGUCCAGAAGUUUGUUUCUUGACAUUCUCAAGUGUUUCAGUAUGCCCGAAUUAGACAAAAUAUAUGAAAUGUCUGAUGAAGAGCUUGAAUUGACACUUUCUAACUACCUCAAAGGAAAAAGGUACUUUGUUGUCAUGGAUGACAUUUGGAAAACUCAAGUAUGGGAGGAGAUAGGAGGUGUUUUUCCUGAUGAGUUAAAUGGAAGUAGAUUACUAAUAACCUCUCGCGAAAAAGAGGUUGCUUCGCAUGCUAGUGCUGCUCCUCCUUAUUUCUUACCAUUUCUUAAUAAUCAUGAAAGCUGGGAACUUUUAUGUAAGAAAGUGUUUCGAGGAGAAGAGUGCCCUCCCAAUCUGGUAUCUCUAGGAAUGCAACUUGCAGAAAGUUGUACAGGAUUACCACUUUCAAUUGUUGUAUUAGGAGGUAUUCUAGCAAACAAAGAAAAGUCACCUCAAACAUGGUCCAAAUUUGUUGGCCAUGUCAACUCCUACCUUACUGAGGACAGGGCUCGAUGCUUAGAUAUUCUAGGUUUAAGUUACAAACACUUGCCACUUAAGUUAAAACCAUGCUUUCUAUAUGUUGGUAUGUUUCCUGAAGACUAUGAGAUACAAACACAAGAAUUAAUCAAAUUGUGGAUAUCUGAGAGACUUGUACAACAAAUUGGAAAUAGAAAGGUGAAUGAUGUAGCAGAAGAUUACUUGGAGGAGCUCAUUGAUCGAAGCUUGAUCCAAGUGGCAAGUAGAAGAAAAGUAGGAAGUAUAAAAACAUGCCGUAUCCAUGAUCUCCUACGAGACUUGUGCAUUAAAGAGAGUGACCAAGAUAAUUUCUUCAAGGUUCAUUCAGUAGCUAACUUUCUAUCCCCUGCCACCAAGCCUCGAAGACUUUGCAUCUACGGCGACAUUAAUACUGCUCCAUCUGUCUCCUUUAACAACUGUGAUGCAUCAUAUGCUCGCUCUCUGCUCUUCUUUUGCCAAGGAGGUAAAUUUCUGGAAAAUCAAUGGGAAUGGGUCUGCAAAGGCUUUAAGUAUGUUCAGGUUUUGAGGCUUUUCGAUGUGGGCCAUUUAAGUUCAAUUCCAAAAGAAAUAGAAAAGCUCAUCUUUCUGAGACACUUUAGCAUACAUUAUGAUCUUUCACAUAUGUUCGAGAUGGAUACAAUUCCAGAUACGAUAUGCAAUCUUCGAUAUCUUGAAACGGUUGACAUCCAAAUCAACAUAACCAGCCGGUUUUGGCUAAAGAAUAUAUGGAAAUUGAAACAAUUAAGAUAUCUAAGCUUCCGUACAGCACCAAGUGUAUUGCCAGAGCAUCGAAGAAAGGAUGACACUUUGUGGAAUCUCCAAGUCGUUGACGGCAUAAGUGUUGAUAAGAAAACUGCACUUGUCAUUCCCAAGUUCCCAAAUCUAACAAAGCUGAAAUUAUACAAAGAUUACAGAGAUCAUGUGAAGAAAUCUGAUGCUACAGAAGUACUGACAAGACUUGAGAAUUUACAAUGCCUGCAAACUUUGCAACUCUAUGAAUUCCCGGAAUUCGAGCCAUCUGGUUUGAAAAGUUUUCCAUCAACACUCACAAGGGUAAGCUUGUAUCGUUCAUACGUGGAUUUGCAGCUCAUGAAAAUCCUUGCAAAGCUUCCAAAUUUGUGUGAGCUAAAGAUAAGAGAAGCAAGAAAUUUCCCUAGUAAGUAUAGUGUGGUUGCAGGUGAGUUUCUUCAACUACAAGUUUUCAAAUUGAUUGCCAACAGAAUUAGAAUGUGGGAACUGGAUAUGGAUGCAAUGCCAAACCUCCAGCAUUUGGUCUUCAUCCAUGAUAGUAACUGUGAAGUUCUGCCAGACCAACUUUGGUGCAGGACCACGACCAUGACAACGACAACGACAAUGAAAUUUGUAGAGAUAGCGAUGUACGAAGCUGAUUCAUUGCGUAACAAGCUAUGGACAAUGAAUUGUGUGAAGGAGGAGCGAUUUGUAGAGAGCAGGAUGAUGUCACAUUAUAGCAGGGGACCUGUCUGGGAAUUGACCAUCAACAAUGGAUUAACUAAGGUCUUUCUUAUGAAGAUUGCCCUCUCAAAAUGUCAUUCUUCAUGAACAGUAUAUGGUUCAAGUUUGUAACUUUUGUUGUAUAUGAUCAUGUGUUACUCGUAUCUAGCUAUGACUAUGCAUUUGUUUGUUUUUAAUUUAGCAAUGUUAUAUAUGCAUGUAAUUUUUAGUUCAUGAUUCAAUAAAUAACUCUUUUUAAUGA